AUGGGUUUUGAAAAAGCACCUAGAAAGUCUGAUUUCACACCAGCUCGUUCACCCCAAGGGAUUCCAGCAUACAAAACACAAGAAGAGUAUUAUGAUGAAGUACUUCAGUUAAGAAAGCAAAUUGGGGCAUUGAACCAAGAAAACUCUACUAUAAAAACAAAGCUCAGACGUUUGGAAGAAGACAACCAAAAAAAGGAAAAAGAAAUCAGUGUUUUAUUAAAUCCAGGAAAGCAUGAAGAUUUUCACAGAACAUUGAGAGAUCAUCAUCCAAGUUCAUCUGCAAUCAUUCAUGGUCUUAAACAGAAAAUUCUAAAACUAGAGACUCAGUUAAAAGACAAAGAAAAUACUUAUAACAAACUGAAAAGUGAUUUGAAGACAACAAAAAUUGAAGAACUGAAAGUUCAAAUGGAGACCUACUAUCAAGAGAUUGUUCGUCUCCAAAACUACAAAAGUCAGUUUCAGAUGAAAGAAACUGCAAAAGGGAAAUCCAUCCAGAGCAAAGUUAAAACCUUGACCUUCUUUAUUACAUUCAGGACUUCAACUAUCUGA